AUAUAUUAAGGAUUGGCAUUGGAGGCGAAGAAGAGGAACAGUGAGAGUGUUGAAGGAGUGAGGAGAAGCGAUAAAUCGCAGAUCUAACCAACAACACAACACAGUGCUGUUUCUUUCCUCCGAUUCCGGAGCUCUGGUGGUUCGGUUCUGGUUGCUUCUGAUUCAUGAGAUUAAGGCCCCAUGGCAACCCAUCCUGGAAAACAAGCUCCUUCGAAUGGGUCUGUCUAUGUAUGCAACUUGCCCUACGGGACCGACGAAAAUAUGUUGGCUGAAUAUUUUGGCACCAUUGGAUUAGUGAAGAAAGAUAAACGUACUGGGAGACCAAAAAUAUGGUUAUAUCGAGACAAAGAGACUAAUGAACCAAAGGGAGAUGCUACUGUGACGUAUGAAGAUCCACAUGCUGCUAUAGCGGCUGUUGAAUGGUUUAACAACAAAGAUUUUCAUGGCAAUAUAAUUGGCGUUUUUAUAGCAGAGUCAAAAAACAAGGAUGAUCAAACUUAUAAUUCAGCAGGAGUAGAACCAGUAGUUGCUGGUACUGUUGUUGGAUUAGAGGAAACUACCAAGGAUGUUAAUGGUGGUAGUGGAAGAGGUAGAGGCCAAAAUGAUCCUUCAGGCAAAGCAUGGCAACAAGAUGGCGAUUGGUUGUGUCCGAAUACAAGUUGCUCCAAUGUGAACUUUGCUUUCCGUGGUGCGUGUAACCGCUGUGGAACUGCUCGUCCUGCUGGUGCUUCUGGAAUUUCAGGGGCUGGUGGCCGUGGCAAGGGACGUGCUGCUGGACAAGAACCAGGGGGUGUUGGCCGGCCAGUUGGUGGAGGACUAUUUGGUCCAAAUGAUUGGCCCUGUCCAAUGUGUGGCAAUAUCAACUGGGCGAAGCGGACUAAAUGUAAUAUUUGCAAUACAAAUAAGCCUGGGCAUAAUGAGGGUGGUGUAAGAGGAGGACGAGGUGGAGGUUACAAAGAGCUUGAUGAAGAAGAAAUAGAAGAAACCAGACGUCGUAGGAGGGAAGCUGAAGAUGAUGGGGAGUUGUAUGAUGAAUUUGGAAAUCUAAAGAAAAAAUUCCGCGCCAAAACACAGCAAGCUGAAGCUGCGCGUGGGCUUCCUGGUUCAGGACGUGCUGGUUGGGAGGUUGAAGAACUAGGGAUAGACAAGGAUGGUAGAGAAAGUAGAGACAGAGGAAGAGAACGUAAUGAUGGGGAGAGCAGGAGCAGAGAGCGAAGUGACAAAGAGAGGCAAAGCAGUUGGAAUAGGGACAGAGACAGGGGAAGAGAUCGAGAUCGAGACUGGGAUUAUGUUGACAGAGACAGAGAUUAUGGACGAGAUCGGGACCGUAGUAGACACAGACAUUAAAAAUAGUAGCACUCAGGUGUUGGCUACCAUGCUUUGUCGGUCGAUUUCAAUUGCUUUAAAUUAAAUCCUUAAAUUUGGUGACAACUUCCUGCAGUCUGAUAUUAAUGCCCAUUUUACUUGGGCAUGGAGAUUUUGUACAACUUAUGGCAUUUUUCUUUUGACUAUUUCACAAGGACAAGUUGCUGUUUGAGAAUGUUUGCAAAAGCUCGAACCAUUAGUUGUCAUCACCUAAUUUCUUGUG